CAGUGGACUAAUUCGUCACGCACGGCCCAAAGCUGCUGCUUAUUUUUUCGUUUUCGCGAAGUCCACCUCCCCUCCCCUCCUCCACCACCUCGCCGCUGGGAAAAGAGGAAAAAGGCCAUGAUCUCGCCGGGGAGUCCGCCGGGUUCUUCGUCCCAGAGCCCUAGAUCUCCGUCGGCCCCGCUGUUCCUCUCCGUCACCGUCACCGACCCCGUCAAAUUGGGCAAUGGCGUCCAGGCCUACAUCUCCUACCGGGUCAUCACCAAGACAAAUUUACCUGAAUAUCAAGGGCCAGAGAAAAUUGUCAUUCGCCGUUACAGUGACUUUGUGUGGUUGCAUGAUAGGCUUGCUGAGAAGUACAAAGGGAUUUUUAUUCCUCCUCUUCCAGAGAAGAGUGCUGUAGAGAAAUUCCGCUUCAGUGCCGAGUUUAUUGAGAUGAGACGUCAGGCAUUGGACAUAUUCAUAAAUCGAAUAGCUUCUCACCCUCAACUUAAGCAAAGUGAGGAUUUGAGGACCUUUUUACAGGAGGACGAAGAGACAAUGGAGAGAGCAAGGUCUCAAGAGACUGGUAUUUUCAAGAAGAAGCCUACGGAUUUGAUGCAAAUAUUUAAGGAUGUACAGUCAAUGGUUAGUGAUGUUGUUCUUGGAAAGGAGAAGCCUGUGGAAGAGUCUAAUCCUGAAUAUGAGAAACUGAAACAUUAUAUAUUUGAGCUUGAGGACCACCUAGCAGAGGCACAGAAGCAGGCUUAUCGUCUAGUGAAAAGACACAGAGAGCUGGGACAGUCAUUGGCAGACUUUGGAAAGGCAAUCAAGCUUUUGGGUGCUUGUGAAGGAGAUUCUCUUGGGAAGGUGUUCUCUGAUCUUGGAUCGAAAUCAGAGCUGUUAUCAAUCAAGCUACAGAAGGAGGCUCACAAUCUUUUAAUGAAUUUUGAAGAACCUUUGAAGGACUAUGUUCGUGCAGUGCAGUCUAUCAAGGCCACUAUGACAGAUAGAGCCAAUGCUUUCAGACAGCAAUGCGAGUUGGCUGAGACAACAAAGUUAAAGGAAAUUAAUCUUGAUAAACUGAUGCUUAUGCGAUCUGAGAAGGCUGUGGAAGCAGAAAUUGAAUACAAAGAGUUGAAGGCAGAGAGUGAGGAGGCAACUAGAAGAUUCGAGACAAUUGUCAAGUUGAUGAGUGAAGAAAUGAUGCGGUUCCAGGAACAAAAGACUGCAGAUCUGGGGCUUGCCUUCCAUGAAUUUGCUAGGGGGCAGGCGAAACUUGCUAAUGAGAUUGCAGAUGCAUGGCGCAGCCUUGUACCUAAGCUUGAUGCUUGUUCUCCUUCCAUGUGUAGUUAAAUUACUCAAAACAUUGUGCGUCAGGGUGGUUUUGUUUAAUUGCUAGAUAGGAGAGGCUUUCAUUAAAUUGUGAAAACUGUGGUUCGAUUUUCUUGACUACUAUCUGAUUUAUACAUGGAGUCGGUUGCUUUGUAACAAAUAGCAGAAAUAUGAGGGCUAACCAUGAAGAGAAAUGCCUCAGAGAGAUGUUUUUUUUUAUCCAUCUUUUAUUAAUAUGGA